GGAGAGGCGGUGCGUCCGGCGGCGGCGGCGGCGGCGACGAGAUGGGGCUGCGCGCCGGAGGAGCGCUGGCCGGGGCGGGCCGGGGGGCGCCCGAGGGAUCCCGGCCAGGCAGCGGCGCGCAGGGCGGCAGCAUCCACUCGGACUGCAUCGCCGCAGUACACAACGUGCCGCUGAGAGUGCUCAUCCGGCCGCUGCCGUCUGUGCUAGACCCGGCCAAGGUGCAGAGCCUCGUGGACACUAUCCGGGAGGAUCCAGACAGCAUUCCCCCCAUCGAUGUCCUCUGGAUCAAAGGGUCCCAGGGUGGUGACUACUUCUACUCCUUUGGGGGCUGCCACCGCUAUGCAGCCUACCAGCAGCUGCAGCGAGAGACCAUCCCUGCCAAGCUUGUCCAGUCCACACUCUCGGACCUAAGGGUGUACCUGGGCGCUUCCACACCAGACUUACAGUAGCAGCCUCCUUGGCACCUGUCACCACUUCCAGCAGCCCAGAAGACACACCUGACCUCCAGUGAGCUAGUCCACCCAGAAGUAGCAGGGGUGCAUUCUUUUUGUGCCUGGCGGAGGUCUGGCUCUAAGCACCCUUUUCACUAGCUACAAGACCUUGGACUCACAGCUAAGCAGUGUGGGAGCCCCAGUCCCCAAGCUGUGAAAAUUGGGUCCUGUGUUUGCUCUAGACGGAUUAUUGAGAGGGUUAAAUGAGAAAGGAGAUGGGUUUGGAGAUCCACAUGCUGCUGGCUCCAGAUUCCCAAGGACAAGGAUCCUUCUGCAUUUUAAUCUUUAUAUAUUCUAUUAUGUGGAAUAUGCUCAGCUGCAAGUAAAGGAAGACCUAGGUUACAUGGGCUUAAACAAAGAGAAGUUUGUCUUUCCACAUAGCAUGAUUUUGGAGACAGGUGACUAACGGUAUUGAUGGGUUCAGCAACUCAGCAAAGGUAGGGCUCAGAUCUUUAUGAUCCUUUUGUUGUUUUCCUCACUGCUUUGUACUUCAUGGCCACAAAAUGGCUGCUAUACCUCCAGGAAUCAUGGCUGUGCUCAAGGAAGAAAGGCGUGGGGGAGGAGGAAGGGUCAGCCAGCUCUUCCUGUCAACUUCUAUCAUAAAGUCAAACCUUUUUCAGAGGCCUGUUUCCAGUUUUAUCCCCCGGCAUAUUUCCACUCAGGUCUCCUUGGCCUAAACCAGCUACCAUUUCCACUCCUAAGACAGCAGGGGGCAGAAUUGGCACAAUUGAGUGCCAAUCUCCUGGCACUCGCAUACUGCCUCCUGAAAUAAAAUUGGAAUCCCAUUUCCAAGAGAGAAAUGAGGAAUUGUCUCUCAGUUAGCCUUUGCUGUGUAACAAACCAUCCUAAAGUUUGGCAGCUAAAAUCGAGCUGGGUGGUCUAGAACAGCCUUACUCACUUGUGUGGUAGUUGGCAGGCUUUUGGCUGGGUGACUUGGUUCUCCAUGUGGCCUCUCCAGCAGGUUAACUCAGGCUUAAUCAUGGCCUUGGGGUUCCAAGAGAGUGAGAGUGGAAGCUGCAGGACUUCUUGAGGUCUAGGCCCAGACUUAGUACAGUGUCACUUCUGCUAAGUUCUAUUGGUCAGAGCUAAUUGUCAGGCUGGCCCAGAUUCAAGAAGUGGGGAAACAGACUAGACCUCUUAAUGGGAGAAACUGCAUUGGAUCUGUGGCAUUUUCCAUCUAUCACAGAUGAUUUUGCAUAGGCAAACAACAGUGUUUCUCUGUUUCUCUCUUCUGCACAGGGCCUUGCUCUGCCAGGCUGAAGUCACUAAGACAUUGUCCUGGCUCUCAAAUCUCGGGGAAAAAGUGAUGGGGCAGGGGGUAGAUCUCUCCCAGGACUGGGACCACUCUAGUAAGGGCAUCUCCAUUGUCUGCCCUGGUGGGAUGGAGGUAGGCCAGAUGGGACAUUUCAAGGGGGCUUCUGAAAACCAAAAGUCCGGCGGGGAAAGAGAAGAGGUGAGGACAGGGUGCAGAGUGAGGCAGGCCUUGCUCUCACUGCCCUACGCAGGGCACUUGGUCACUUGGUGUUUUCAAGCCUCAGUUUUCUGAGGUCAUUAGUGAAGACAACAGCCUUCCCACUCAUUUUCUUUCCCAGGGAAAGAUGACUCAGGUGACCAAUAGUAUUUAAAAGUAAUAUAGUCCUAAAUGCAAUGUGAUAUUUUGGGACAAAAAAAAGACAUUAGUGUUAAAACUGGAACUCCGCAUAAGGUCUGGAUGUUAGUGAAUAUAUGUUAACUCCAUAACAUACCAAUAUCAGUCUCUUAGUUUGACAAAUGGACCGUGUAAGAUGUAAAAUCCUGACGUUGGGGAGGCUGGGUUAGAGCCUGGGAACACUCUGUACAAUCAGUGCAGCUUUUCUGUAAAUCAAAAGUUACUCCCAAAUAAAAGUUUAUUUAAUAAUAAAAA